GGCGCGAGGAUAACGAGGCCAGCCCCUGAAGCGUGGCUGUCGCGAGCAAAGUCGAUUGAAUUCGGUGGUCGCAUUCGCAGGAACUGCAGAAGUCACUGACAGCUGACACUUUUGUCCCAUUCUCAUAUCUCGUUCUCCCGCUCUUCUACCGUCACUCCCUUCGCCCGUCUCAUCGGUUUCCUUCCCCAUCGCCAGUUAUUUCGUUUCUUCUGUCUCAUCUUCGUCCAUCUCCUCGUUGACCGUUCGGAAUUUCCCAUCACUUACUUACACUCGCUAUUUAACCGCAUCUUCGACGCCUACGAAUGCCGCCGGGCUACUUCCGCAACCGCCCGUGACGACCGUGCCAUAUCCUUUUACUCCCUUCACCAGUUUCGACUAGAUGGAUUGACGUGCCGUUGUACGGAUUUGAUUCACUUUCGCCUCAACGCUCCACGCUUGAUAUCUUCCUCUCCGUCAUGGCCACCCGGCCCAACUAUCGCGAGCAUGGCCACUCUUCACCUCCCCGUGCGCCCAGUGGGGGCAGACUUCCCUCGCCGCGCGUUGAGCAUUUCGACGGAGAGAUUCCUCCCGCCCUCUCGCCACUAGAUGCGUUCGCAGCCCAGGGCCGUCUUUUGGCGAAGGAACUGAACGAGUCCCGGCGCAGAGACCGUCGCAUGAGCAGAUUACCUCCGUACAGUGUCGUGAGGUCCCUUUCGCAACCCAGACCUGGCUACUUUCGUUCCCCGGGCUCCGGUGACUCCCAGCAGUCGUUGUCCAGGCGCCCGACACAGCAGUCAAGCCCGGAGUUGGAAAUGCCCAAAUAUCGCCCGCAGUCGGAAUAUCCCCGUUUCAGUAAUGUCCCUACCGCCGAAAGUGAGACCGGUAGCAUUCGUGAUUCCGUAGCGACGCCUGGCCGUCAAUCUCCUCUGUGCCACGUUCAAACUGAUGACGAGGAUAUCCCAAAGACGGAGUCGCCCGUGGAGGAUUCAGCCGUACGGGCGGCCAGCGACGAGGAUCAUUGUCCUGUCGUGAAUGCCCCCGUCAGCGGUUCCGUACCUGAACCAUCCAGGCAGUCUUCCACGGACUCCGUUUCUCACCUCAAUGUUCCCCGUGCCUUAGUCCCUCCAGCAUCUCCCCGCUCCCGGGCAGCUCCUGCAGAUAGCUCGGAUGACGAUAUCAGCAGUUCCAAUGGCGGAUCUACUUUCUCGCAACCGCGCAAGUUGUCGUCGAGCAGCGCUCUGUCUUUGCCGCACGCCCCCAUGUCUCCUGGUGCCAAUCGCUCCCACCGCCGGUCACCGUCUGCGAACUCGGAGAUGUCCACCGGCUGCCAGCCCUUGCUGCGUCCGUCCUUGAAUUUCUCACGGCCCCUGAGUCGAUCCAGCAGCAACACUCCAACAUCGCUUCCUGCCCCACAUUCUAUACCCAGUGGCCAGGGAAGCGCCAUGAGCAGAACCCAUAAACCUAGCCCGAUCAUUGUACCAUCUGGCUUUGACUUUUCAUCUACCAGUGAAGAGCCCUCGUCGACCGUAUCGGCGUAUAGUAAUGCGCAGUUCCCUCUUCCUCGUGGGCGCGGGGUCUCGAGGGACUCUGUUGUCUGCUCUGACUUAGGAGCGCCCCAGCCGGAGGGACAUGAGCCCUAUUACGACGGUUCCUCUCUACCCAAUGCCGCAGAGGAACCUGGAUUGCCUACUCCUAGAAGCUCCUCGUCGUCCGUUCGUCGUGACACCGAUCGGGCUGCCCUAAAUGGACAAUCAUCCGCGACGGACGCAUCAUCCUCAUCCCGUGGGCCUAAUUAUUCGUUUGAACUCGACCGGCCAGAACGCCUGUCCACAGAUGCAUCCAAGCUGAGUUCCGUCGCCGCGAGGAGCGACGCCAACGCAGAGGAGGCCUCUUCAGCAGACUCGGCAAGCACCCUGCGACCACAGACGAGCGGUGCCACUCCGGCAGGUUUGACCGGGCUCACAGCAGAGGACCACGUAACGUUGGGGAUUGAAUGCCACGAGAAAGGGUCACUGAAUGAAUCUACGUAUCACUUGCGGCUUGCGGCAAAGAUGAAUGACCCAACUGGCAUGUUGCUCUACGCCUUAGCCUGUCGGCACGGAUGGGGCAUGCGGCCAAACCAGCAAGAAGGUGUGCGGUGGCUGCAGAAGGCGUUGGAUUGUGUAGGGGUAGAGCUGCUAACGGACCAUGCGAACGGUUCCUCCGGGACAUCUCGCGCCCAGGAAAUGGUGCGGAAGACACACCGUGCACAGUUUGCUCUGAGCGUGUACGAGCUAGGAGUCAGCCAUCUCAACGGAUGGGGCAUCAAACAAGACAAGGCGCUCGCCCUGCGUUGUUUCGAGAUUGCAGCUCAGUGGGGGGAUGUUGAUGCAAUGGCCGAGGCGGGGUUUUGCUACGUGCAAGGUGUCGGAUGCAAGAAGGAUAUGAAGACGGCCGCGCGGUACUACCGCAUGGCGGAGGCUAAUGGGAUGAGCAUGGUGGGUAACAGCUGGAUCUACAAGGAGAAGUAUAUGGGCGAUGACGAAGAUACUUCACAUUCGAGAGGGAGAAGUGCUACUACAUCUUCACAUGAGAAAAAGAAUCGCGGUAAAUCACGGACACGCAGCAUUUUCCACAGAAAAAAGUCAUUUGCAGCAGGCGCAUAGUCUAGAGAGCCUUCAUUUCGAAGCUGGGGCUGCCGAGUGCGGCCCCCCACAUUCUAUGUUCUUCCAGAGUUGAUAACAGCCCGGGCCUGGGGGUCUCCAUUGAUUUAUUCAUUUCCUCACCGUCACCGUUCUGCUUUCGGUAAUGCGGAGGGGUUGUUGGUUGUUGACCUAUUACCAUUGACCUUGCAUUUCAGUUGUUACUUUCGUUCGAUCUACCUUUUCCAACUUCUUUAAUCUCUCUUCUUCCCCAUAAUUGGCCUGUACUUUCUAUCUCCUGGACUUUCUUUUCUUUUCUUUCUUUCUUUCUUUUUUUUUUUUUUUUUUUUUUUGACCUAUCCAAGUGGGAUCUUUUUUACGUUCGAGCAGGACUUGACAGCUGGUCUAAGCCGGACAUACUAUUCGUGGAACAGGGAUUCUUUCCCUUUCUUUGUAUUUCUUUUUCUCUUCUUCCCCUGUCAUCUUCUGCUUCUCACAUGCCUGGCGGGCACAUCUUUCUAUGCUUUGUUGAUACCCAUCGUUCUUACAAGAGACAGCGAGGGCUGUCUCCUCUUUCCCUGUGGCUUUGAAGCCGGAUAUUUGGACAUAUUCUUUUAUUUAUUCCUCGAGAUAAAUUUCAUGAAUGACACGCAGGACCGUCGGAAUGAUGU